GCACUCCUCAUUUACUAGAAAUAGCCAAAUCUUCAUACCACGCCCUAUUGUCUUUAAACAAGAACACAUUGGAUAAUAUCAUCCAAGAUACAUUGAAUCUGAAAGAUAAAAUAUAUGAGAAGGACACAGACUAGAAUGCCUUUUGCUCAUAAGUCUACUUGAUCAGAGUGCUGGCCUGGGUUAAACAACAACCAAUAACCGUUUUGUUUGACCCAGUGAAUGCGGAAACAGAAUAUAAACAAGUCAGAUGUUUUAAAACAAAUGACAAAGUUUUGUGCGAACGAUAGAGACCGGCUUUGUUUUAAAACCAUAGUAAUUUACUGUAACUGAUAUUUCGGAGAGAUGAAACGAAUCAAAUUACGAAACAUAGUGUUAAUUUAAAAACUUUUCACCAAGAAGACUGUCGUACAGGUAUUUUCUUUCGCGGACUUUAUUCUUAUUUUCUUUCCUCCACUGAAGAGCUCCAAAAUGGUCGAUUGCUCUAAAACGUGUAGUUCAGCGGGCUUUGUGCUUACUAAAAUCCCUCUCAUUACUAAGAAAGUCUUGUCUUUCCUUCCAGCGAAAACUCUUAACUCAUGUGCAAGAGUUUGCAAAAGUUGGAAUUUUGUUGCUGAGCAGAUAAAGAGAAAACGCCAGAAGCUUAGCUGGAAUUUUUAUGUCUGUGAAGAAGAUGAGAACAAUGAUAUGCUUGCAGCAGAAAUCAAAAGCUUAUUUCAAGAGAUAUGGCAUGAACCGGUUAACUUCAUUGGCUUCUGUUCAUCAACUUUAUUUGAGGAGCCACUCAAAAUCCCAAGCAAUCACAUGACCCGCUUCCAUAGAACUGCUAAAUGUAUGCGUUUGGAUAUUGGUAAUUUUCUAAAGCAAUUAUUACCCAGUUUUUGUAAUUUCCUUGCUAUAUCUGCUGAUGGUGUUGUAGGAACAAAUUCUGAAGCCAACAAGUCAUUUGAGAUUGAAAAUAAAAAAUCCUUGUCUUUCCUACUUAUUCCUAAACUGGAAAAUUUACAAAUUCACAGUUUUACUAUUGACAUCCACACAUAUACCACACAGAAAGAUGAUAUUUUAGGACCAGGAACUAAUCACAUUCCUGAAGAUGUAAAAGCUAUUCUGUAUUUUUGCAAUGAACCCCUCUGUCCACCAGAUAUAGGCUACACAUUAAUGCAAUACUUCCCUGAAUCUGUUCUUGUUGGAGGAUUUGUUGAUAAUCUGAUUUGUCCUCAGAAAUGUUUAAAUGAUUCUGGAGGUCAGUCUGAUCCCUCUCUGCUCUGCAUUGCAUUCAGUGGUGCUCGUCUGCGAGUUGCAUCUGUUCUCAUAGAGGAACACAUCAACAGUAAAGAAGAAGUUGAAGCCAACAUGCGUAAGUUGAAAAACUGCAAACUUCCCGAGGAACAAAGCUUUGCUUUCAUGUUCACUUGUAUUGGCCGUGGAUUCCAUCACUAUGGUGUUUCUAACGUUGAGUCAGCUGUUUUUCGACAGUUUUUCCCUAAAACUCCUCUGGUUGGAUUUUUUGGAACAGGAGAAGUAGGUUUCACUCAUCUUCCCAGUGAAGGAAAAGUUUGUGAAAAUGGUAAAGUGGACAACAAUCGGACUUUACCCAAACUCUACCAUACAUAUACAACCAUAAUAUGUUUACUUUCUGUAGUUUGACAAAGGACCUUUUUAUGAGAGAUGACAAUAUAAAAGUAUAUUGAUGGAGGACACAUGAGGUUGUUCGUGUUUAUAUUCAUUAUAUAAAUGCAAGUGGAUGUUUGUAAACACAUGUUUAAUCAGCAAUUGUUUUGAUAGCCUCUACAUUUAAUCCCUUAUGAACAGGAGUUUUCUAAAAUAUGACAUCUAACAACAGUGGGCUAUCAACAACUUGGCUAUCUAUUGGUCCUUCCAAUCAUAAAUUUGUAAGUACCAACUUCUGAUUCUCCAUAUACGAAUCUAUAUCUAAUGGUAGUAAAUUGCUACUUAUCAGACUAACUGCUGGGACUUAGUUACUAUUAUAUGUUUACAGUGUGCUUAUUUAAACAUGUAAUGUCCUUCAUUAAUUACAGAAUGCUCAACUGGUUUGUAUUUCUGAUUCGUGAAUUAGAAAUAUUGCAGUAUUGAUGUAUAUAUUAUAUAUAUUGCAGCGUUGUGUGUAUAGUCAGAUUAGUCAUGUACAAUUUCUUUCUAUACACUCAAAAAAACUGAAAAAUGAUACUUUUAAACAACAGUUGUCAAAAUUAAAAAGGAAAUUAAAAUGAUGUAUAAAGGUGGUUUUCAAAAUCUA